CCUCUUCGUAAGUUAAAGUUGAAGAAGAAUGGCAGCAUUUGAGGAGUUGCCGGAAGGGUGCAUUGCCACCAUACUCUCUCGUACGACUCCGCUUGACGCCGGAAGGCUCUCCCUCAUUUCCAAGACUUUCCGUUCUGCCGCCGAUUCCGAUGCUGUCUGGGAUCAAUUUCUCCCUUCCGAUCCCAAUUUCAUCGACUCUAUCAUCUCACAGUCUCCUUCCCUUGCCAACAUUCAAACCAAAAAGGCUCUCUAUCUCGCUCUAUCCGAUCGACCUAUCAUCAUCGACAAUGGUAAAAAGAGCUUUCAAUUAAAUAGAAAGAGUGGGAAAAAGUGUAUCAUGCUUGCUGCUAGAUCUUUCGCCAUUACUUGGGGUGAUGAUGAGCGCUAUUGGAACUGGAUUGCUAUGCCUGAAUCCAGGUUCCCUGAAGUUGCUAAGCUUAAUCAUGUGUGGUGGCUUGAAAUUCGUGGGAUGAUUAACACCCUUGCCUUGUCCGCAAAUACUCAGUAUGGGGCUUAUCUUGUGUUCAAGAUGAUUGAUCCCAGUGGAUUUGAGAACCUUCCUGUGGACUUAUCUGUUGGUGUCGAAGGUGGCAAUAACAACACUAAAAUUGUCUGUUUGGAUUCAAACGUGGAACCUAUGUGGCACAUAGCAGGAAGACGGAACCGUGAUUGGAACCGUCAUAUGAGAAGGUUGCAGGACAGGGUUGUAGGAUUGCCACGUCCCAAUAUAAGAAGCGACGAGUGGUUAGAGAUUGAGAUGGGAGAAUUCUUCAAUUCAAGCCUUGAACAUGAAGAAGUCCACAUGAGUGUUAUUGAGACAAAGGCCGGUCAGUUGAAGUAUAAUUUCUUUGUUGAAGGAAUAGAAAUCAGGCCCAAGUAAGACAGUUAAACAACAUUCAGUAAACUAUACAAAGUCAUAAGCUACAGCUUCCCCUGUCGGAACUUUUCAACAUAAAGCGACACACAUAGAUACUACAGUAUGUGAGAGUGAGAUUCUUGUUCCAAAUUGUCUCUUGAUAAAGUGUAUGAAUCAGUAUAUACUAUAAUAACUGUGUUUUGGAUGUUUCAACUGUGUAUAUUUGAAUUCAAUAUUUAUUUGCGGCCAUUUUUUUU